CUGAGAUCACAUGAACCUGGACUGAGCAUGGAUCAGAGAGAGACCAGAGAGGACGGAGCCCCUCCCUCUAUAAAAGCUCACAGACCUGCUCCUGAGGACAGAGGCGUCUCAUUCAAGAGUGAGAACUCUAAGGGACGAGGGAUAGAGUCAAAAAGAGAACAUGGUCCAGAUGGGCUUUAUGCAUCGCCUCCUCCUAAGGACCUGAGAUCACAUGAACUUGGACUGAGCAUGAAUCAGAGAGAGACCAGAGAGGACGGAGCCCCUCCCUCUAUAGAAGCUCACAGACCUGCUCCUGGGGCCAGCGCCGUCUCACUCAAGAGUGAUGAGUCUAUAGGACGAUUGAUUGAUUUUAAAAGAGAACAUGGUCCAGAGAUCCACCAGAAACAUCCUCCAUCUGAACCUGGUCACAUCUGUGAGUCCCUCAGGAGUGACCGCUCUAUGAGAGAGCCACAUAAUUUUGCCAGAGAACAAGUGGAGCAGCAGGGUCCAGAGGUCUCCAGUGGUCAGCACCAUCAGACACAGCUGGACUCCAUAUUUAAGCUUCUGGAGGAGGACAUCUUCACUUUUGUCCAGAAGGAGCUGAAGAAGCUCCACAAGGUUCUGAGUACAGAUUACCCAGAAUGCUUAGAGCCUGUGAAGGAUGAGGAUGAAGAGCAGAGGAGCAGCAGUGAGGCUGUUCUGAAGAUCACACUGAACUUCCUGAGGAGGAUGAAGCAGAAGGAGCUGGCUGAGCGUCUGAGGAGCAGGAGUUAUUCUGGAGUUUGUCAGCGUAAACUGAAGUCUAACCUGCAGCAGAAGUUUGAGUGUGUGUUUGAGGGCAUCACUAAAGCAGGAAACCCCACCCUUCUGAAUCAGAUCUACACAGAGCUCUACAUCACAGAGGGAGGGUCUUCAGAGGUCAACCAGGAACAUGAGGUCAGACACAUGGAAACAGCCUCCAGGAAACCAGACCCAGCAGAGACACCCAUCACAUGUGAAGACAUGUUUAAAGGCCCAGAUCACACACAUGGACCAAUCAGAACAGUGCUGACAAAGGGAGUGGCUGGCAUCGGGAAAACAGUACUCACUCAGAAGUUCAGUCUGGACUGGGCUGAAGGCAAAGCCAACCAGGACAUACAGCUGCUGUUCCCGUUCACUUUCAGAGCACUCAAUGUGCUGAAGGAGAGAAGCUUCAGCUUGGUGACACUUGUUCAUCACUUCUUUAGUCAAACACAAACAGAACUCUGCAGCUUUGAAGACCUCCAGGUGCUCUUCAUCUUUGACGGUCUGGACGAGUGCAGACUUCCUCUGGACUUCACCAAAACCAAGGCCCUGACCGACCCCACAGAGUCCACCUCACUGCACGUGCUGCUGGUAAACCUCAUCAGGGGGAGCCUGCUUCCCUCCGCUCGCCUCUGGAUAACCACACGACCUGCGGCAGCCAAUCUGAUCCCUGCUGAGUGCGUUUCCAUGGUGACAGAGGCCAGAGGGUUCACCAAUUCACAGAAGGAGCAGUACUUCAGGAAGAGGUUCAGCAUUGAGGCCGACACAAUCAUUUGCCACAUCAAGACGUCCAGAAGCCUCCACAUCAUGUGCUACAUGCCAAUCUUCUGCUGGAUCACUGCCACAGUCCUGGAGCAUGUGUUGAAAAGCAGAGAGAGAAGAGAGCUGCCCAGGACCCUGACUCAGAUGUACAUCCACUUCCUGGUGGUUCAGGCCAAAGUCAAGAACAUCAAAUAUGAUGGCGGAUCUGAGACAGACUCACACUGGAGUCCAGAGACCAGGAAGAUGGUGGAGUCUCUGGGAAAACUGGCCUUUGAGCAGCUGCAGAAAGGAAACCUGAUCUUCUAUGAGAGUGACCUGAACGAUUGUGGGCUGGAUGCUGCAGCGGCCUCAGUGUACUCUGGAGUGUUCACACAGGUCUUUAGAGAGGAGCCAGGCCUGUACCAGGACAAGGUCUACUGCUUCAUCCAUCUGAGUGUGCAGGAGUUUCUGGCUGCUCUUCAUGUCCAUCAGACCUUCAUUAACACUGGGACGAACUUGCUCUCAAACUCUAAACAGUUGACUGUCAAGAGAAAACUAAAGCACCUUCACCAGACAGCUGUAGAUAAAGCCCUACAGAGUCCAAAUGGACACCUGGACCUGCUCCUCCGCUUCCUCCUGGGUUUUUCACUGUCAAACAAUCAGAGCCUUCUACAAGGGCUGCUGACACAGAUAGGAAGUACCUUCCACACCAAUCAGAAAACAGCUGAGUACAUCAAAGAGAAGCUGAGUGAGGAUGUGUCUGCAGAGAGGAGCAUCAACCUGCUCCACUGUCUGAAUGAACUGAAUGAUCGCUCUCUGGUGGAGCAGAUCCAACAGUACCUGAGUUCAGGACGUCUGUCUGAAGGUAGACUGUCUCCUGCUCAGUGGUCAGCUCUGGCCUUCAUCUUACUGUCAUCAGAAGAAGAUCUGGAACAGUUUGAGCUGAAGAAAUACUCUGCUUCAGAGGAGGCUCUCCUGAGGUUGCUGCCAGUGGUCAAGGCCUCCAACAAAGCUCUACUGAGCAGCUGUAACCUGUCAAAGAGAAGCUGUGAAGCUCUGUCCUCAGUCCUCAGCUCCCAGUCCUCUAGUCUGAGAGUCCUGGAUCUCAGUAACAACGACUUGAAGGACUCAGGGCUAAAGAUGUUGUCUGUUGGUCUGAAAAGUCCUCACUGUAAACUGGAACAGCUCAGACUGUCAGCUUGUCUGGCCACAGAGGAAGGCUGUGCUUCUCUGGCCUCGGCUCUGAGGUCCUCCCAUCUGAGAGAACUGGACCUCAGCUACAACCAUCCAGGAGACACAGGAGUAAAGCUCCUGUCUGCUCUACAGGAGGACCCCCACUGCGCACUGGACACUCUGAGACUGGACCAUGCUGGAGCUGAGUGGUUAACACCAGGACUCAGAAAGUAUUUCUGUGAUCUCACUCUGGAUCCAAACACAGCUCACAGAGAACUCAAACUGUCUGACAACAACAAGAAGGUGACACAUGUGACAGAGGAGCAGCCGUAUCCAGAUCAUCAGGACAGAUUUGACGUCUGUCCUCAGAUUCUGUGUUCCACUGGUCUGACUGGUCGCUGUUACUGGGAGGUCCAGUGGAGUGGACAGGUUUAUAUAUCAGUGUCUUACAGAAGAAUCAGACGGAAAGGAAACAGUAAUGACCGUGUGUUUGGAUACAAUGAUCAGUCCUGGAGUCUGUCCUGUUCUGAACGUGGUUUCUAUGUUUGGCAUAAUAAGAAACGCACCUCCCUCCCUCAGCCCUGGUCCUCUUCUGGGACAGUCUCAGUGUUUGUGGACUGUCCUGCUGGCUCUCUGUCCUUCUACACAGUCUCCUCUGACCAACUGACCCACCUCCACACCUUCAACACCACCUUCACUCACACUCUGAUCCCUGGGUUUGGGUUUGAUUAUUAUGGCUCCUCAGUGUCUCUGUGUCCGACAGACUCACCCUCCUCUGUGUAAAAUACAACAGUCAAAUCUGUAGAAAAAUCACUUUGUAAAUGUUGAUUUUAUUUUGACUUCAUUUGAUCAGAGAUUUAUUUUAUAAUGUUUUAUUUCCUCUAAAAGUCAAACUGCACACACAGUUCAUGUAGUAGUAGUAGUAGUAUUAGUAGUAGUAGUAGUAUUAGUAGUAGUAUUCGUAGUCGUAGCAGUUUUGCUCUUGUUUUUCCUCAUCACAAACAUCUAAUGCUCUUGUUUUUAGCCUGAUUUACUCUGCCUCACACUGUGACACUUCCACAUGACCCUUAAAUGUUCUUCUCUUUAUUUAAAUUCAAAUACACUGUCAGUCAAAUAUCUCUAAGUGUUUUAUCGACUUACACCUGUUGAUUUUAUUAUUAU